AUGCGCUGGAUCAACACGGGGGCCACAUCGGACUUUGGCAGGCGUUAUCUGUGCGCAAUAACAAAUGCCAACAUUCCCGGGGUGCGCUGGCGGACCCUGUUGUCGGCAUUCGUCGCACAACUGGACCACUGCCUCCACCCCAUUGUUUUGUGGUCAAAUCCUGGUCUUGGUGUGUGCACCAGGGGUGCGGAGUGGAGCGCCAAGGCGAAGACCCGUCCGAGCCAUCCACCUGCGGCCUCCCCCGUCUCCGGUUUUCUUGAAUCUGCCUUGACACCGGGUCCAGGCGGGGGAGGAGGAGAGAGUGUAGGUAGAUGCUACGCAAGUCUACUGGCACUAUAAACCCCUGCGUAAGUCACCGUCCCUGCUCCCACAAUGCAGUCUGUGGGGCACACGGUGGUCAUCGUCGAAAUCGACGGACGAACUGUCGUGUGUGUGUGUGUGUGUGUGUGUAUGUGUGUGUGUGGGGUGUAGGGGUGUCAGCGGUGGGUCCACGUGAUGGACGUAGUGGUCGCUCACUUGCUUGCCGGUGAGACUACGCCUAGCGUCCAUUUGCUGGCACCCAACUCUCACCUGUGGCUCCACGUAGCUGGGCUCUGCUCAGCGGCCACACCCCGGGCAACCGUCUCGACCGACGGGCUAAACCAGGUGAGGGUAUCCGUGCGGGCACCUGCACGCGCGGUACUGUGGUCUGCGCUGGCCGGAUGGAUCUUCGCGUCGACAUCGUCGAGACGAGGCUCUGCCUGGACCAUCGCAGGAGGCCACCAGGUAAGUUUCCCCUCAGGUAAGUGCGCUUGCUUUGUUUCUUCCUUUGUCUGUUGAAGUCCCGCGUCGUACGCUGCGCUUGCUGCCUGCCCUUUAUAUGCUAGUCUGUCUGUCAAUAGCUAAACGACACCCUCGAUGCCUGCUGCGAUUGUCUGUCCGUCAGUCUAUGCCACUCUCUACUAAUAGCUAGGUGUUACGGUGCUUGACUUUGUGUGGUGCCCUCACUUUGUCUCUGACUGAUGACUGUGUCCGCUUGUCCACUUUAGUUCUAAGUCUCCUAGCGUUAGUUAGUGUGUAUGCUCUCUCAUACUUCACUCCAUCACAUCAUCACCUCACCACCAAGGUCCCAGGCUAAUUCGGGUCGUUCUCUCACUAACAAAAAGUCGUGGCCCAUAGUGGAGUCCGGCAGCCGUCUGGGAUAACCGGGCAGCCCUGUUCAGGGAUGCGUUUCCUGCCCCCGCGAGGGGGAGGGGGCUAGAAAAGGUGCCCUAAAGAUCGCUGGGAACCACGCUGUCUGUAGGCUGGCCGUGGCCGCAGACAAAAAACACACGGUCGAAACAGCCAAAACCGAAACAACAACAACAAUCACUCUCUUUCUCUUCCAGCCUAUUCUUCUUCUUCUCCUACUCCUACUUUUCGCCGCCGCAGUCGCCAGACUGGCAGGGUGAGCCCGCUCACUCUGGCAGCCUGGAAUGUUCGUUCCCUUUUAGACAAUCCGAGGAGCAACCGACCGGAACGGAGGACGGCGCUAGUGGCACGAGAACUGGCGCGCUACAAGGUGGACAUCGCCGCACUCAGCGAGACCCGAUUCUCCGAACAAGGCCAACAGGAGGAGGUGGGUGCCGGCUACACCUUCUUCUGGAGUGGUCGACCCAAGGCAGAGCGACGAGACGCGGGUGUCGCCUUCGCCAUCCGGACCGACAUCGUGGGAUGA